AUUUUGUGUUGGACAUAAAACAUGAAAACAACGAAUGAAGAGAAUCUGGAGUACCGAAUUCCAAUUUGUUUACAAAUAAUAUUAAUCAGAAACUUAAAUAAAAUUCUGUUUUAUUCUGUUUAAAGUAUUGUACCUUGACUCAAAACUUGAUAUCAUUUUCAGACGCAGUAGGGUAUGUUGACUGCGUCAACUUGAAAACAAACUUUCCCACAACAAACAUCUUUGAAGUAAAAAAAAUGGCCGUCAUUCCUAUAGAAGAACGCAGAUUUCCAAAAACCUUAGUUUUAUUUGAUGUUGAUGGAACUUUGACUCCUUCACGUUUGAACAUCUCUCCUGAAAUGCUUGACUGCUUGCAGAAGCUUCGUCAAGUUGUUGCUGUUGGAUUUGUCGGAGGUAGUGACUUGAGCAAACAACAAGAGCAGCUCAGCGUUAGCGGAGAGAAUGUGGUUAAUUCCUUCGAUUAUUCUUUUGCCGAAAAUGGAUUAACCGCCUACCGUUAUGGUCAACAGCUUGCCAGUCAAUCUUUUAUCCAAUACAUUGGUGAAGAAAGAUACCAAAAGCUUGUGAAUUUCUGUUUACACUACAUUGCUGACUUGAACAUCCCUGUUAAGCGUGGUACCUUUGUUGAAUUCCGUAAUGGUAUGGUUAACAUUUCUCCCAUCGGUCGUAAUGCUAGCACCGAAGAGCGCCGGGAGUUUGAGCAAUUUGAUAAAGUUCACAAUAUUCGUUUGAAUAUGGUUAAUGCCUUGCGCGAGAAGUUUGGUGAUUAUGGUUUAACCUUCUCUAUUGGUGGUCAAAUUUCUUUUGAUGUCUUCCCUACUGGCUGGGACAAGACUUACUGCCUUCAACACGUUCAGAAGGAGGGAUUCGAAACCAUCCAUUUCUUUGGUGAUAAAACAUUUACCGGAGGCAAUGACUAUGAAAUUUUUGAGGAUCCUCGUACUAUUGGCCAUACCGUUACUUGCCCUGAAGACACUAUGAGCCAACUUCGAGAAUUAUUUCAUAUCUAAUAAUCUUACCUUGUAUUUCUAUAGUACCCAACCAUUCCUUUGACAAAUAGAUAACACGGGUGUUUGAAGCUCUAGAUGUCUAUGUCAGUUACAGCGAUAGGCGAAACGCCAUGUGAUUACGGUUAAAAGUAGAAUUCGAAUAAAAAUGAAUACCUCAUAAUAUAAUAUCCAUUAUGCCACCAA